GUGGAGGUGGAGGGCCGAUGAGGGAUGACGGUGGUGCAGAGGGUAGUGGAGCAGAGGGUAGUGGAGCAGAGGGUGGUGGAGCAGAGGGUACUGGGGCAGAGGGUAGUGGAGCAGAAGGUACUGGAGCAGAGGGUACUGGAGCAGAAGGUACUGGAGCAGAGGGUAGUGGAGCAGAGGGUACUGGAGCAGAGGGUACUGGAGCAGAAGGUACUGGAGCAGAAGGUACUGGAGCAGAGGGUAGUGGAGCAGAAGGUACUGGAGCAGAGGGUAGUGGAGCAGAAGGUACUGGAGCAGAGGGUAGUGGAGCAGAGUUUAGGGGAGCAAAGGGUGCUGGAGCAGAGGGUAGUGGAACAGAGGGUAGUGGAGCAGAGGGUACUGGAGCAGAGGUUAGUAGAGCAGAAGGUAUUAGAACAGAGGGUAGUGGAACAGAGGGUAGGGGAGCAGAGGGUAUUGGAGCAGAGGGUAGUGGAACAGAGGGUAGUGGAGCAGAGGGUAGUGAAGCAGAGGGUACUGGAGCAGAGGGUAGUGGAGCAGAGGGUAGGGGAGCACAGGGUGGUGAAGCAGAGGGUAGUGGAGCAUAGGGUAUUGGAGCACAGGGUAGUGGAACAGAGGGUAGUGGAGCAGAGGGUAGUGGAGCAGAGGGUAUUGGAGCACAGGGUAGUGGAACAGAGGGUAGUGGAGCAGAGGGUAGGGGAGCAGAGGGUAGGGGAGCACAGGGUAGUGGAGCAGAGGGUAGUGGAACAGAGGGUAGUGGAGCAGAAACGACGUAGAAAUUAUACGGUGAAGUAUUUGUAAGUGAAGAAGAGAGUUGCCAUAAUUGAGCUCAACUGUAUUAUUAAUAUUAUUGUUCGUAUAAUAAAGAAGAAAUAGACUAACAAAAAUUUCUGGUUUUACUGUAAAACAAGUAGAGAAAUAGUAUGGCUCAUCGCUACAAUGCUUCCAACUUCAACAAAAUCUGCCGUGGUAGAAAUCAUCUCAAUCAUGCAUCUUAUUCUUCAGAGUGCAUAUUAUUAUUAUUAUUAAUAUUAUUAUCAUUAUUAUUAUCUACUAUAUGUUAUUUAAUUAAUUUAUUUCCACUUUCUCGAUGUUAUAAAGGUUACACCAUAAAUUCAUCAAGUUUCAUUGUUCCAAUGAUCUGAAGAUCUCUGGUACAGAAUAUUCCGGUACGGAAUAAAACUAACAUUUUACGUUCAGUUUCUCUGCUUGAAAGAUGGUGAAUAAAAUUGAUCUAAAAACUUCUAAUCGAUGCCAAAGAGAAGUCUUUCACGGAAAUUUUCAGACGGACAUUUUUUGAAUGAAUAAUUUUUUGGUGCCGAAGUUUAGUUUGGUUAAGAAAACAUCAACGUAAGAUGAUCUCAACAUAUUACACAAUCAUCAACGAUUAACAUCUUUACCCUAAAUUGCAUGAGCAAUACAAGAGCAGUGUCGUCGCAAAUGCAGCAUUCAGGUCCUAUGUAAUAAAAAACGUACGCAUGUGGCUAUGUGUAUCUCGAGGUAGCGAGGAAACUGUUCCGAAACAAACUUGUCACCCUUCGAAAUAUAUCAUUAGCAAGUAAA